GCAGCAGCGCCGCCGUCAGCCGCGCCGCCACCGCCGCUGCAGCAGCGCGGGCGGCCGAGAGCCGGUAGCAGGGAGCCUGGGGAAGGGGCCGCCGAGCCCCGUGCGCUCCUACCGGUCGCUACGCGGCUGCGAAAUCGAUGACUAUUUUUAUUUACUUAUUUGUUUAUUUUUUAGGAACGGCUGCUCCAAGGCUCAGGUCUUCUCGUGAACCUGCAGCGACGCCCCCGGCGCGUGCACAAAGGCUCCGACGGCAGCCGGCGGGGACUGGCGAGCGCGCCGGAGCCGGCGCCAGAGGUCGCCUGUGCGCGCCCUAGCCAAGCCCCGGGCACCAUGCCGCGGCGCCUGCAGCCCCGGAGCGCGGGCACAAAGGGCCCGCCCGGCACGACCGCGGCGGCUUCGGAGGCCGCCUCACGCCCCCACCCCUCACCCUCCGGGGACGCUCCGGCCUCCGCCAAGCCGCUGCUGCGCUGGGACGAGGUGCCCGACGACUUUGUGGAGUGCUUCAUCCUGUCGGGCUACCGGCGGCUGCCGUGCACGGCGCAGGAGUGCCUAGCCUCGGUGCUGAAGCCUACCAACGAGACGCUGAACUUCUGGACGCACUUCAUCCCACUGCUGCUGUUCCUGAGCAAGUUCUGCCGCCUGUUCUUCCUGAGCGGCCGCGACGUGCCCUUCCACCAUCCGUGGCUACUGCCGCUGUGGUGCUACGCUUCGGGCGUGCUGCUGACCUUCGCCAUGAGCUGCACGGCGCACGUGUUCAGCUGCCUGUCGCUGCGCCUGCGCGCAGCCUUCUUCUACCUGGACUACGCGUCUAUCAGCUACUACGGCUUUGGCAGCACUGUGGCCUACUACUACUACCUGCUGCCCGGCCUGAGCUUGUUGGACGCCAGGGUGAUGACCCCGUACGUGCAGCAGCGCCUGGGCUGGCACGUGGACUGCACGGGCCUCAUUGCCGCCUACCGCGCGCUCGUGCUGCCCGUGGCCUUCCUGCUGGCCGUGGCCUGCACCGUGGCCUGCUGCAAGAGCCGCACCGACUGGUGCUCUUAUCCGUUCGCGCUGCGCACCUUCGUCUUCGUCAUGCCCCUGAGCAUGGCCUGCCCCAUCAUGCUCGAGAGCUGGCUCUUCGACCUGCGGGGCGAGAACCCCACGCUCUUCGUGCACUUCUACCGCCGCUACUUCUGGCUGGUGGUGGCCGCCUUCUUCAACGUGAGCAAGAUCCCCGAGCGCAUCCAGCCGGGCCUCUUCGACAUCAUCGGCCACAGCCACCAGCUCUUCCACAUCUUCACUUUCCUCAGCAUCUACGACCAGGUGUACUACGUGGAGGAGGGCCUGCGCCAGUUCCUUAAGGCGCCGCCGGACGCGCCCACCUUCUCGGGCACCGUGGGCUACAUGUUGUUGCUGGUUGUCUGCCUGGGGCUGGUCAUCAAGAAGUUCCUCAACAACACCGAAUUCUGCGGUAAAAAGUGAGCCUCCGCCUUGGAGGAGGCUGCCGGCUCGCUCACCUGUUUGCUUGAAGUUUCUGUUGUUGGUUUGUUUUCAAGUUUUGUUGUGUUUCCUUCUUUGCUCGAGGAGGGUGCUGCAAAACCACAGGGAAAAAGUUCAGUGCGACAAGGGCUUUGGGAGAGUGCACUCAGUGCACUUAGGGCUUUGGGAGAGGGAGGUGGGGCAAGCAGGAGGGAGAGGGCGGCUGGUUCUUGCCCCUGGAAAAAAUGCAGGUGGUGUCUGUGACAUCCAGGGAUUCUUCUAAGGCAGCGCGAAUAGAACCCCACAUAAACCCCCAACCAGUUCGAUCUUCCAGUCGUCUUCUCUGCCAGAGGUAAUAACGAGCAGCCCUUGUGAGGUCAGGCAUGCAGUAAAGAGGGUAAGUAGACAGAAUCCCUGGGUACUUCCGUUUCAGUGUGAGGAAUGCUUGGAUUUGUCAAAGAAUAGAGCUUUGUAGGAAAAGAGCACAGAGACACUAACCCAGGGCUUAACCUGCUAGAAAAUGCAUGGAAUGUGAACACACGUUAAUUAUUUCAAAAUGUUUCUUAGAUGUUAGUUAAAUAGUAAUAUAUACAAUGAUUUUUCAUAAUUUAUCGAAGCCUGUGAUCUGCACUGAAUUUUCUUUAUCAUGUAGUUUGGAAACUUGCAGCUCUUCUGCGUUGCAUAUACUUGAACUGGACAUCAGGGCAAGCUGCUUGAGAGUUCUCAGCUACUUUUCUAAACAGUAUUUUUUGAAGGCCUGUGUGUGUCAUGAUACAACUGUGAAUUAUUCUACCUUAGGGACUCUGGUUAAACUAUUGGGAAGGAGCUAAGUGGUUUGUAUAGGUCCCAGAUUGCUAUUUACUUAUGUGUUCCACAAAACCCAUCCUGUUUCUCGGUUUUGUUUUUAAUCUUAUUCUCUCUUUCUCUACUGGUUCAAAUUGCCACUGGAAUAAAUGUGCCUUUUGAAGCAAUGCCCAAA